AUGGGAAAGCUUCGCUCCAAAAAUGGAUGCCUAACUUGCCGGAAGAGACAUGUCAAAUGCGACCAAGUCCAGCCGAUCUGUGGGCAAUGCCAAAAAAAGAACCGGCAAUGUCUACGAGAAGACCCAUCCAAUCGCUUCAGAAUCAGGCCGUAUCAACCAAGAAAGGCUAGGAAAGACCCCAAGGAUGCUCCUGGCCAUGAUCGUGAUGAAAUGCCACACCUUCCGGAACAUGGAAUUGCAGACGGAGUGGUUGCUAAUGCAACCAGCCCUGAACGCACCACCAAUCCAAGUUAUGCCGAAUUUCAUAACCACCAACACGAAAUUACCUCAGUGACAUCACCAUACAACACUCAAGGAUCUACUAUCCUGCGAGAACACACCAGUGGCUCUGUUUCCACGCCUCUGGUGGCAUCCUCAGUCAACAAUACUACCACAUCUUCUUACUUCAACGUGGCUGGAAUCCAGAUCUCCCAGCUGCUCCAACCGGACUCGUUGAGUCCAUGGUCUCCGGGUUCGCACGCAGGUGCGAUACAUGCAGGGUCUCCACUGACUUACAGAGAAGCUUACCUUGUACAUCACUUUGCCACGCAACUCGGGCAAUGGCUUGACUGCACCGAUGCCUCCCGUCAGUUCACUCGGAAAAUCCCCAUCCUGGUCAAGAAAUCGCCGAUCUUGCUGUAUGCUGUGCUUUCUUACGCGUCCCGGCACGUCGGCGAUGCCGAAAUGGCCGAGCAGGCAUAUGAGCGGUGCGUAGAACUACUGAUCCCCUUCCUGAGCUCGGAAACGGUUGCCGACGAUGACAUCUUGCUGUGUACCAUUGUCAUCCUGCGGGUGUUUGAACAGUUAAACGGUAAGUCCGAGAGAGUUUCGAGCCAUCAGAAGACGCCCAGGCUAAUCUCUUCGGGGGCUGAAACAGUCAUGGUAACUGGUAGCGAUCAGGAGCGUCAUUUAGCCGGCUGCUCGGCUCUGCUCCGGGCAUCGCAAGGACGAGAGGUGGACCCCUCGGCCCCGAGGUUGCGGCACGCGGCUUUCUGGGUGUAUCUGCGUCAGUGCCUGUACAAUGCUUGUGUGCAUCAGCAGUCUCCCAAUGUGGAUUUGGACUUGGUUCUCAUCCCCCCUCCGAGCGGAGGUGACCCUCUGAGCAAUCUGAAGUCGGAAACAGCAUGGGCCAACACUAUGACUUGGAUCUGUGCCACUGUGGUACACUUCUGCUUUGGGCCAAGUUAUCCUGAACCUUCUACCAGAAUGUUCCGAUGGCAAGAGCUAUCCGAGGCCGUCGAUAGCUGGAUGAGCACCCGACCGAGUACCUUUGAUCCAAUCUGGUAUAGCGAAGCCGUUCCGGGCAGUGGAAACCCUUUCCCAGAGAUAUGGUUUACGGCGGACUGGCAUAUCAUGGCAUUCGGAUACUAUCAUCUUGCCUGUAUGCUCUUGACCAUUUACAAGCCAUCGCCUAAAUUUGCAGUCAGAGGGGUCCAUGGCACAGCUCAUCCGGGUCAUGAAGCACGCUCGCGCCAUCUGUGGUGCAUGCAACAGUUCCCCUUCGACGGUGCCAUCGUUGAUCACGCUAUGUCAUUCCACCUUUAUUUGGGGUCCCUUGAUGACAGAUUCAGCAGAAAGGGAGGAACUAAUGAUAUUGCUGCGAGAUAUGGAAACGAAGCAUGCGUGGCCGACGAGUUGGAUAGUGAAUUCUCUAAAAGAAGAAUGGUCGAUAACGUAAACUCGUCCACACUGCCUACCUAG